AACCUGUCAUCAUCAACUUCCGGUGUCACGGGGAACCAGGGAGACGGGGCAAAAAAGCGGGCAUACCGAAAUCUUUCUCGUUUUCGUCAGGCUUGAAAUUUUAGAUAGCGAAUACAUUUUGCUCGUAGAGCCAAACAGCCGAGGCUCGUGGGCCAGUGACCCCCCGGGAUUCGCGUUUGGCUCGGCGGAGAGUCUCAUUCAUUCGGUGUUCGUAGUCGCUAACUGGCUAACGAGGCUCCACACCAGCAGGCCUGCUCUUCUGGACUUUGCUACAAGCUAGUUAGCUACCGUUAGCAGGCUAACCCAUGCGAACACGUUUUCUUUCACAACGAUUCCGCCCGCCGCGUUGCAAACAAACACCACGUCGCUAAUGUGUGUGGCCUUUAAUAUUUACUGCGGAUUAAUUUGUUAAGUCGUUUGCUAGAUACGGCGAACCCACCAACUGCACGGCGAGGCGCUUGCUUUUUUAAGUGUUGACUUUGUAGCUAGCUCGCGCUAGCCACCGCCGACUGAACAACGCAGUCACCGAAAGCGCAGCAGCCCGCGGACCACAAAGAUGUCGGACUUCGACGAAUUCGAAAGGCAGCUCUCCGAAAACAAACAAGCUGAGAGGGACAAAGAGAACCGCCACCACCGCCGGUCCUCCUCCCGCAGCCGCAGCAGAGAGAGGAAAAGGAGGAGCAGGGACCGGGACAGACGCAGCCGAGACGACCGUCGCACGGACAGUAAGGAGCGCAGGCACAGACGCAGCGCACCACAGAACCAACAGCUAGCAGAGCGUGGCUCACCAGCCAGCUUCCCCCAAGACAAUGCUGGAAGCCGUUCCCCACACCGUGAGAAGAAAAAGAAGGUGAAGAAGUACUGGGAUGUCCCUCCACCUGGUUUUGAACACAUCACUCCCAUGCAGUACAAAGCCAUGCAAGCUGCUGGCCAGAUCCCAGCCACAGCCCUCCUGCCGACCAUGACUCCUGAUGGCUUGGCUGUCACUCCCACCCCUGUACCUGUGGUGGGCAGCCAGAUGACCCGGCAGGCCCGCCGGCUCUACGUGGGCAACAUCCCCUUUGGUAUCACAGAGGAAUCCAUGAUGGACUUCUUCAAUGCCCAGAUGCGUUUGGGUGGUCUCACUCAGGCCCCUGGAAACCCUGUCCUUGCUGUGCAGAUCAACCAGGAUAAGAAUUUUGCCUUCCUUGAGUUUCGCUCAGUGGAUGAAACUACUCAGGCCAUGGCCUUUGAUGGUAUCAUCUUUCAAGGCCAGAGCCUCAAGAUUCGCCGUCCCCACGAUUACCAGCCACUGCCGGGCAUGAGCGAGAAUCCCAGUGUCUAUGUGCCUGGUACACAGCCAAUUAAUGGUGUGGUGUCCACAGUGGUACCUGACUCUGCUCACAAGCUCUUCAUUGGAGGCUUGCCCAACUACCUGAAUGAUGACCAGGUGAAGGAGCUGUUGACGUCAUUUGGUCCGCUGAAGGCCUUCAACCUGGUGAAAGACAGUGCCACAGGCUUAUCUAAAGGAUAUGCCUUCUGUGAAUAUGUUGAUGUCAACCUGAAUGACCAGGCUAUUGCUGGGCUGAACGGCAUGCAGCUGGGUGACAAGAAGCUCCUGGUGCAAAGAGCCAGUGUGGGAUCCAAGAACGCCACUCUGACGAGCAUGAACCAGACCCCCGUGACGCUGCAGGUGCCAGGUCUGAACAGCUCAGUCACUCAGAUGGGUGGGCUGCCCACCGAGGUGCUGUGUCUGAUGAACAUGGUGGCCCCAGAAGAGCUGCUGGAUGACGAGGAGUAUGAGGAGAUCGUGGAGGACGUCAGGGAGGAGUGCAGCAAAUACGGCCAAGUCAAGAGCAUCGAGAUACCUCGCCCCGUGGACGGCCUGGAAAUCCCUGGGACUGGCAAGAUCUUUGUGGAAUUCACAUCCGUUUUUGACUCCCAGAAGGCCAUGCAGGGGUUGACAGGCAGGAAGUUUGCCAACAGGGUGGUGGUGACCAAAUACUGCGAUCCAGACGCUUAUCACCGCCGGGACUUCUGGUAGAGGGAGGAUGAAGUAAAGGGGGGGGGGGGGGGGGAUUAUUAUGUGUACUGCCCAUUUCCAAAUCAGCCCCCGAAUUGAUUUGGUAGAGCUACAUUACAAGUAGAUGUGAGAAUAUUAAGCAUUUGACAAAUGGUUUUGGUGACAUCCAAUAUAUCAUUUGUGAUCUACGUGAGAUGUCAACCAGUUAACAGUUAUUUGGAAUUUAGACAGGCUAUGACUGGGGAGGGUUUACAUUAAGUCCAAAAGAGAGGGGGCUAGGUUUGGGUGGAGAGGGUGUAGCUGUGUGGGCGGGGGCAUCAAAGAUUUUUGAGAAAUGUGUGUAAUAAUAGGUGCAGGGUGGGGUUAACAAUUUUUAUACUUUGUGAAACGGGAGUCAUUUUGGGUGGGCGGGGGGGCUGCAACACUUAAAGGUUUGUAUUUAAAUGGAAGUAGCCUGUUUUAAGUACAUUAGGGAGGAGUAGCGGUGGGGAACCAUGAGAGGGAGAUGUGGGGGAGAUGGAGAGGAAGAUGGAAUGUUUUUGGUUUGACUGUCUAAUGUAGGUAAACAGUAGCUGUAACAUCCACGUCAGUUUCGCCAUCAUUAGAAAGCCAAGGGGAGACUCUUCAUUACUGGAUUUUUUUUGUCAUGUUUGGACAUUUACUCAUUUUCCUCAGACUACUGCCCCCCGACUGGUAGAUGAACUGUUGUCUAAUUGGACUCUAUCUGAAUGUCAGCUGUAAUUGUUCUGAAACUUUGUGUAGCUUCUCUGAUUUGAGCUCUAAUAUCGCUUUGUAUUCAGGCUGCAGAACAACACGAACUGCAGAAAACAACAUAUUCAAAAUGCCAAUUUUUUGUUUUGUUUGUUUGUUCUAUUUUCUGUAAGUUUUUCACGCCCCUCUGUGUGUACAUCUUUUAACAGCUGAGAUUGUUUUGUCUCAGCAGCUCAGUCUGAUUUAAAUUCAAGAGGAAAUAAGUGACAGGGGAGAAACAAACAGAUUGGUAUCUAAUAGGGCUUUAUCUCUUCCUUAACAAAAGGCCUUAAUCUUCUUACUAAAGAAAGAAAAUUCGGCCCCUCUAUCGAUGAUGUAUCCAUGUUUAUAUGUUACUAUUUCCUGCUUCAGCCUUGCAUCUCAAAUAUACAUUCUUAUACUCCGGCAGAUUUGGAAUCCAUUGGUUUUUUUUUUGUUUUUUGUGCGACAUCUCACCUAUUUGACAAGACCAAAUAAACAUGUGACUAAUACCCACGACUCAUGUUGUACUACAGAGUGAAACAAAAUCACAACACAAAAGCUGUUCUGUGAACUUCUCGCGAGUCAAAAAAAAACGACAAAUGGAUCUGCAAUGGCUGGACCACAAUGGAGAAUUAAAAAUAAACCUAACGAACGGCUGAAGACAAAGAAUUCCUAUUCUACCCCUAAUUGAAUUCAAACAAAUUAAUUUGACAUUUUACUGUUUUUAUGUUAGCCUUUGGAGUGUUUUCACCUUAGGGGUAGUUGUCAGGAUAUUUGAAACGAUCAGGAUCCUCCUAAAAUCUGCUUCUCUGACAUCUCCCUCAUCUUCUGCCCUUGUUUCUAUGAGGACCACAUGUUCAUACUGGGUUUGAGACUAUGCUUUCAUUUGAUACUUUGCUUAAGAUGGCGCCGAAGAGAGGUUGUGUCCGUGAUAACACUUUUGAGAUGUUACUCCUUACUUUCUGGAAAUCUGCUUUUUUUCAGUGUCACUGUCAUUGGAUUUUCUUUUUUUCUUCUCUGGAAAAAAAAGUGAUUUCUUAAAUGAUUUAAAAACCUAAAACCACAUGUAGUUUAUAAAAGCAGAAACAGUCUUUCAUUUGUCCAAUUUGUUUUCAGAUGUUGAUUAAAAACUGAAUUUACAUGA